CCGUGUGACGAAUCUGCGGUCCUCGGCUUGCUUUCGUUCGGCUCGCAGAGACUUCAUUGACCCCACAAAGGCCUUGAGGGUUCUGGCGGAGGACGUCCAGGGCCAGGUGCGGGAGUGGGAGGAGAAGGAGCCUCGGAGCGGGGCGGGGCCCAGCUGCACUUCCGGAGGGCGGUGCUAGGGCCGCGUGGAUCCCUGCCAGGUCGCCGUGCAAGCGGUGGGUUCGGCUGCCCGCCCGAAACGGCGCCGGGAACCCGGAAGCGCCUGCGGGCGGGCGCGGGAUGGCAGGGCCCGGCUGGGGUCCUCCGCGGCUGGACGGCUUCAUCCUCACCGAACGCCUGGGCAGUGGCACGUACGCCACCGUGUACAAGGCCUACGCCAAGAAGGACACUCGAGAGGUGGUAGCGAUAAAGUGUGUGGCCAAGAAAAGUCUGAACAAGGCAUCGGUGGAAAACCUCCUGACUGAGAUUGAGAUCCUCAAGGGCAUUCGGCACCCCCAUAUUGUGCAACUGAAAGACUUCCAGUGGGACAGUGACAAUAUCUACCUCAUCAUGGAGUUCUGUGCGGGAGGUGACCUAUCUCGAUUCAUCCAUACCCGAAGGAUUCUGCCUGAGAAGGUGGCUCGAGUCUUCAUGCAGCAAUUGGCUAGUGCCCUGCAGUUUCUGCAUGAACGAAACAUUUCUCACCUGGAUCUGAAGCCACAGAACAUUCUGCUGAGUUCCUUGGAGAAACCCCAUCUUAAACUGGCAGACUUUGGCUUCGCACAGCACAUGUCCCCAUGGGAUGAGAAGCAUGUACUCCGCGGUUCCCCCCUCUACAUGGCCCCUGAGAUGGUGUGUCAGCGACAAUAUGACGCCCGUGUGGACCUCUGGUCCGUAGGGGUCAUCCUGUAUGAAGCCCUCUUCGGGCAGCCCCCCUUUGCCUCCAGGUCAUUCUUGGAGCUGGAAGAGAAGAUCCGAAGCAACCGGGUUAUUGAGCUCCCACUGAGGCCCCCGCUCUCCCGAGACUGCCGUGACCUACUGCAGCGGCUCCUGGAGCGGGACCCCAGCCGUCGGAUCUCCUUCCAGGAUUUCUUCACCCACCCCUGGGUAGACCUGGAGCACAUGCCUAGCAGGGAGAGCUUGGCACGAGCAGUAAGCAGGCCGACCGGGAUGUGGCGGAAUAAGGGCAUGUGUGGGGACGUCUUAUCUGCUCCCUUUGGUGGUGAAAAGACUGCCCUGGUGGUAGAGGCUGUGAAGAAGGACCAGGAGGGGGACCCUGCGGCCGCCUUAUCUCUCUACUGCAAGGCUCUGGACUUCUUUGUGCCUGCCCUGCACUAUGAAGUGGAUGCCCAGCGGAAGGAGGCAAUUAAGGCAAAGGUCGGGCAGUACAUGUCCCGGGCUGAGGAGCUCAAGGUCGUCAUCUCCUCCUCCAAUGAGGCCCUGCUGAGGCAGGGAACUUCAGCCAGAGACCUGCUCAGAGAGAUGGCCCGGGACAAGCCACGCCUCCUAGCUGCCCUGGAAGUGGCUUCGGCUGCCAUGGCCAAGGAAGAGGAGGCCAGUGGAGACCAGGAUGCCCUGGACCUGUACCAACAGAGCCUGGGGGAGCUGCUGCUACUGCUGGCAGGAGAGCCCCCAGGCCGGAGGCGGGAGCUGCUUCACACUGAGGUUCAGAAUCUCAUGGCUCGAGCUGAAUACCUGAAGGAGCAGGUCAAGAUGAGGGAAUCUCGCUGGGAAGCAGAGACUCUGGACAAGGAGGGGCUGUCAGAGUCAGUUCGUAGCUCUUGCACCCUGCAGUGACCUCAGAAGAAUGACUGGACAGCACGUGACACCUGGAGUGAAGGGGCACGCUAAUCCAGGCUGACACCCAGAAUUAAGUGACCCUUUGCAGAUCUGGGGGACUGCCCGGAUGAACACUUCUGAGACCCCCCAUAUUCCAGAGUCUCUGGCAAUACUGCCCACCCCACAGAGGGCCUCUUGGCCCAUGUGAUGUGCUGGGAGUGCUGGAGGCAGGACUGUAAGAGGAGAGUUUCUUUCAUGAGACCUUUGUUAUUUGGUGACUGCUGGGUCCUGAGCCUGUCAGUUUGGGUCAUUAAGCCAUUUAUGAGUCUUGCUUUGAGAGUAGGGCAGGGAGCCCUCUGCACUUUUGCUCUUGCACUAUCCCUGCCAGCAGGCAGCCAUACCCUGGACCCACCCUUCCUGGGAGUGGGUAUUCCAGCUCAUCUUCCUCCUCCACUGGAAUAGGCACUCCAGGACCCCUUAGGGACCACCCACUACACGGUGCACUCAGCCCUGUGGAACUCGGCAAUCUUCCUGGGAUCUCCUUCCUGCCUACCAUCUCUGUACUUUAAGAUAAUCCUUCAAGCAUGAAAGUAAUGUCCUUGGCAGGGGUGGUACAAAUUUGCCCUGGCACAGGGGAGGGGUCCUCAAUCCUCAUCUCUCCCAGUUCUGUCCUAUUUGGGGAACACACCACACUAGCUGCAGGGUAGGCCUCGUACUGGAAUUCGAACCUGGAAUCAGGGGAGUGGUUAAGAAAUGCUGAUCCUAAGAGAGGCUGCAGGCACCCAGCACUGUUGAGGAUAUGUAGUCCUAGGCCUAGCACUGCCACUACCCCAGUGUGUGACCCUAUUUAAGUCCCUUCCUUUUUCUGGGCCUCCCCAUCUCUUCAGUGGGGUCACAGAUACCUCCACAGCCCACGGCAUGGGCUCUCGUGAGGGCAAAGUGAAUGUAACCUGGAGAAGAAUGUACAUACCAGAGAGGGUUUCUAACACUUAUGCCCUUAAAUGCCUGGGGAUUCUAAAUCCCUAGAAACACACACACACACAAAGACCUUCUUAAGUCAAGUGUUGACUGUCUUCUCUGCAGGAGGCUGGGUGUAAAAACUGCAAUUCAUUGUUUUUCUAUUAAAUUAUUUUUGGUAUUUGCA